GCAUAUGAGCAAUUGGCACUUGAUGUUCAAAGUUUACAUUCUCAGAAAUAUCCAGGGUACAGGUACCGACCAUCAUCACGUUCUAAGAGUGGGUCUUUAUAUCAUCCAAAUUUGAAUGCAUCUUCGGUUCCUAUUCAAACCCAGAUGGCUAUUCCACAAGUUAAUUAUAAUGCAACUGGAUUCAUAUUUCAACCUCAGCAAGAAUUUGAUCUACUUCAAG